GCUUUGGCGCUUGCGUUGCGUCGCGGCGCGGCGGGAGGCGCUGGGUGCCGGCAGGGCCGGAGCGCGGGCAGGAGCGGCGAGGUUCGCAGGUGCCGCGCAGGAUGGACAUCAGGCCGAACCACACCAUCUACAUCAACAACAUCAAUGACAAGAUCAAGAAGGAAGAGCUGAAGAGGUCCCUGUAUGCAUUAUUCUCACAGUUUGGUCAUGUGGUUGACAUUGUGGCUUUAAAGACCAUGAAGAUGAGAGGACAGGCAUUUGUUAUAUUUAAAGAACUUGGAUCUUCUACCAAUGCUUUGAGGCAGCUACAAGGCUUUCCGUUUUAUGGAAAACCAAUGCGUAUUCAGUAUGCAAAAACAGACUCUGAUAUCAUCUCUAAAAUGCGYGGGACUUUUGCUGAUAAGGAAAAAAGGAAGGAAAAGAAGAAAGCCAAAACUUUAGAGCAGUCAGCAAAUGCACCAAAUAAAAAGGUUAUCCAGGGAGCAACACAGAAUUCAGCCAAUGCCCCAGGGACUACACCACAGAAUCAGGUGCCUGAUAACCCACCAAACUAUAUCCUUUUCCUYAAUAAUUUGCCUGAGGAAACAAAUGAGAUGAUGCUGUCCAUGUUAUUUAAUCAGUUUCCUGGAUUCAAAGAAGUACGCUUAGUGCCAGGGCGCCAUGACAUCGCAUUUGUGGAGUUUGAAAAUGAGAAUCAAGCAGGGGCUGCUCGAGAUGCUCUCCAAGGAUUCAAGAUCACACCAUCUCAUGCCAUGAAAAUCACUUAUGCGAAGAAAUAACCAUAUGCUUCUGUAGAGGAGUUCUGUGGUGUUUUUUUAAAACACUGAUAUUCUGAUCAGCUAGCAUGUUUGCUGUUCUCUGUGGAAAACAUGAGACUUGAGUAGAAUUGCCACAAUGACCAAGGCAUAUGUCAGAUUUCCACAGAUCUGCUGGAUAGUAACUUUUUCUGUUGAAAUACUAAUUUUUUAUAAAAUAAAACAUUAAUAUGCUGUU